GGGCUGAGCUGGACCAAUGAGGAAAGGCAAGAGGCUGGUUUGCCUGUUCUCACGCCCCACCCUCAGACCCAGCCAGAGGAAAGUUUCACGUAAAGAAGGGAGAAGAGCGAACAUGGCAGCGCAUCGGUGGUUCUGGUGUGUCUCUGCGACCAUGACGGUGGCGCUGCUGCUCAUUUACGAGGUUCCCUCGGUCUCUGCCCAAAGAAAGAAGGAGAUGGUGUUAUCUGAAAAGGUUAGUCAACUGAUGGAAUGGGCCAAUAAACGACCUGUAAUAAGAAUGAAUGGAGACAAGUUCCGCCGCCUCGUUAAAGCCCCACCGAGAAAUUACUCUGUUAUUGUCAUGUUCACUGCUCUUCAACUUCACAGACAGUGUGUCGUUUGCAAACAAGCUGAUGAAGAAUUCCAGAUUCUGGCAAACUCCUGGCGAUACUCCAGUGCAUUUACCAACAGGAUAUUUUUUGCCAUGGUGGAUUUUGAUGAAGGCUCUGAUGUAUUUCAGAUGUUAAACAUGAAUUCUGCUCCAACUUUCAUCAACUUUCCUGCAAAAGGGAAACCCAAACGGGGUGAUACAUACGAGUUGCAGGUGCGAGGUUUCUCAGCUGAGCAGAUUGCCCGGUGGAUUGCAGACAGAACUGAUGUCAAUAUUAGAGUAAUUAGACCCCCAAAUUAUGCUGGUCCCCUUAUGUUGGGAUUGCUUUUGGCUGUUACUGGUGGACUUGUAUAUCUUCGAAGAAGCAAUAUGGAAUUUCUCUUUAAUAAAACUGGAUGGGCUUUUGCAGCUUUGUGUUUUGUGCUUGCUAUGACAUCUGGUCAAAUGUGGAACCAUAUAAGAGGACCCCCAUAUGCUCAUAAGAAUCCUCACACAGGACAUGUGAAUUACAUCCAUGGAAGCAGCCAAGCCCAGUUUGUAGCUGAAACACACAUUGUUCUUCUGUUUAAUGGUGGGGUUACCUUAGGUAUGGUGCUUUUAUGUGAAGCUGCUACCUCUGACAUGGAUAUUGGAAAGCGAAAAAUAAUGUGCGUGGCUGGUAUUGGACUUGUUGUACUAUUCUUCAGUUGGAUGCUCUCUAUUUUCAGAUCUAAAUAUCAUGGAUAUCCAUACAGCUUUCUGAUGAGUUAAAAAGGAUCUCAGAGAUACAUGGGACACUGGAGUAAUGGAGAUUGAACAAUGAGAAAUGUGUGUGUGAAAAGAAUGCAAUUUGUGUAUUUUGUAUUACCUCUUUUUUUCAUGUGGUUUAAAUAGUUAAUCAUUUAACCAAAGAAAAUGUGUAGUGCCUUAACAAGCAGCUUUCUGUCAAAAUCAUGAAGUAUUUGGAAAUUAUUAUCCUGUUUAUCUUCCUUUCCCAGUGAACUUUACAGAACAUUUAAUUUAGUAGACUCAAGUACAUUAUAAAAACUUUUUAAACUACUACUUUGUUUUAAUUAGAACAAAGCUCAAAACUGCUUUAGUUAACAUUUGGUCAUCUGAUUUUAUAUUGUCUUAUCCAAAGGUGGGUAAAUAAACUCCUAACUAGGUAUUCCCAAAUAUGCCUAUUAGAGAUAACUCAUCAGGAAUCCAUUCUUAGCUUUUCCAUACUUGCAUGGAGGUGUAUACGUUACACAUCUUUACUUUGGACCAGAGAAAUAAUCUGCACUAUGUGGUCUUCUGAAAAUGGAACACUGUUUUCAGAGAAACAUGUCCAGCCUUUAGAAAGACUAGUUAGUUCUUCUGCAUUUUUCCUACUGACUUACAGUGCUUCUUGAUAGCCAUAGACAUUAAAAAGUAUCUCUAAAUACAGGAUUAUGACUUCUGCGUGAGUGCAAUGUUAAUUACUUUGUAUUUGCAAAGAUUUCUGAUUACAUCUCAGUUUUAUAUAAGUUGGCCUCUCUCUGAUAAAAACAUAGCUUUGUGCUGAAAUCAGUAUAAAUUAUAGAUGAUCUAACAUGUUCCUGCAAAUUAGAGACUGUCAUUUAUUCUACUUGUACCUAAGAGAAAAGUAGGCUCAGUUGCGUUUAGGAGAAAGACUCCCUUAAAACAGUUAAAAAAAAAUCAUGAUAUAUUGAAUUAUCACCUGUGUAGAGGAACUAAGUGUUUCUUGAAAACUGGUUUGUUUUUUGCUGUUAUUUUAGUCUUUAAGCUCUCUCUGUAAGUGAAGAAACAAAGUAAACAUUUAAGAUAGUUUUGUUUGAAUUUUGUCUUUUUAUUUCUGUCACUGGAAAUAACCAUACGUGCUAAUCAAAUUUCUGUGAAGAAUUUUUUGUGGAUAUCAUUAUAUCUAACUGUAACCUCCUUCAUAGUUAAAAGAGUAACCUGAAAUGCCAGUCUCUUGGAAGUAUGAGAACUGUGAUUGUUAAAAAAAAAAAAUGUAAAGACAUUUUUGAAGUAUUACAUUAAAAAGAUACUGUGGCUGCCUUUUGUUAUUUACCAUCUAAUAACCAUCCCAUAUGGUAUAAAAGUCUUACAUAAUUUGGGUUUACAGAAGGAAAUGAAUAUAAUUGCCUCAGAAAUGUUUUAUGUGGGUUUUGUUAUUGUUGUUAGUGGAUUUGGUAAGUUGGUGGAAUAUGGUCGAUCUUUUACUCUUUAAUGGAGCCACUUUCUGCUAGUUAAAUCCCCUGUAAAUUGUGAUUCUGGAUCCCUUAUGUGCUGUUCUUAUACUUGUCUCAGGCCAAAUACAUUUAUGCUGUGAUUUUUAUGAGACUUAUAGGAAGAUACCCUGAAUUUGUACAAAUUGACCAGGAGAAUACUACUGAUUUGUAAUCUGUAUAGCUCCAGAUAAGUUGCCAUGAGCAUUGAACUAAUGAGGUUUUUGUUUGUUGUUUUUUGUCUCCCUUAAAGAGCACAUUCUUUUAUAAGGAGAAAGAUAGUAUCUCGACUGAAAUCUGUGGAAAACAGGUUUAUUAAUACUACACUUAAAAUUGUGUAUUGAGGAAAUUUUGAGAUAAGCUUUCAUCUGAAGUGCCUUAAGUAGACUUUUAAUUUACUUUUCUAGUACUGGUUUAAAUAUGAUUUGUUACGCCUUUAAAAAUACUAUUCAGAAUAACAUAUUAUGGUGGCAAGGAUAACCAAAUGUCUGGCUGUUUGCUUUUUGACCAUAUCAAUAAACUUUUGCAAUCUAAA